GACUCAGACUUUCUGCCACAUUUCUAAUAUGAGGUCUGUUCGCUGCUGUAGAUUUGGUAAACGCUCAUACGACCAGAGCAGGUGCGUCAAGGUAGAUUGAUAGUCACGGCCUAUUUGCCACUGGAGCAUUUCAUUCUAGUGGUUCGAACAGGUUACAGGAUGAAGGUUCCUGCCGCUUCUGUCGCAGCUACCCGCAAUCUGAUCGUACCCUCGUGCCCGUCCAUCGAUAUCUCCAAAGUCUCACAUGCUCUAUGUUUCAAAACAAACAAAACCACUGUCAUCAACUUCUUCCAGCUCCUUCGAAGUACCAAGAUGGGCGACACUUCGAUGAUGACUCGUACCUCUUUCAGCUCCAAGUUACAGACUCUCGCUUCGAAGGUGUUCGGCACGCUAUUCACCAGGCGUCAUCUCACGCCAACACUUGUGGAAGGCACGCGUCAGGCUGCAAUUCCCUUAUCUGAAUCCACCUUGUCCAGCGACUCAAGCCGCGCAAAAGAUUCAGCCAGCCAUCAACAACAUCAUUCUUCCACUAUGACAAGCGCAUACAGCUUUGCCGACGGCGGUGAAAUACCACGAGGAGAUCCUAACAGAGACGCCCGACCGGCCAAUGUAUCAAGACCAGUUGAAGGCUUCACGGGACACUCUCAGCAAGAUACACAAGCAAAGGAUGCUUCUUCGCAGCUGAAUACCCGCGCAACAAUUCCCACUAGCGAUCUCUCUCAAAAGUUCAAGCCCCGCUUCGAGGACGGAUCUGAGAUCAAGCUGGAAUACAUGCCGUCACUCGCUCGCAGGGCUGAUCAGGACUUGCUGGCAUACCUUCAGAAGCGGAAGAUCUCGCUUCAUUUCCUCAACGAUAUCGAUAAUUUCCUGAAAGGUCAUCCGGAACUCUUAAAGGCUUGUCCGAGUUGGUGUCAUUCACUCAAUGACCUGCCUCCACUGCAAGCUUACUUGUUCUUUGUCAAGGGCUACCUGCGCCCCGCAAGAUACGAAGACGGAGCUCUGCCAGGUCCAGAGGAUGAGCAAAUCCCAACUCGCCCAAUCUCAUUGGAGCACCACUCACAUGAUCCGGAGCUACACGAACACGUAACUGAUAUUGGCCAAUGCCUCGAACUUCUAGGUGGACUCGAUCAGGUCAUUUGGCUGCUAACCCAGGCAUACCAUUCGGGUCAACGACUCGACGAACGACAGAUAAUUCUUCUGAUCAUGGCCACUUAUGCACAACCAGUCGACGCUCUCAAGUAUUACGAGUAUUGCUACAUGGCCAGCUUCCAUCCUGACAGGUAUGCAACUCGGUGACAGUCACGUCGAGAGCCAAGCUAACUACUAGUACAGACACGUCCAGGAGCACAGUCCGUAUGCGACUCCCGCAAUGCGGCCAUUGCUAACACAUUAUAGAUGUUCUCAGUCACCUACCCCACAUAGAGUCUGUACCAAAGCGCCAGUCGGCUUCGCGACCCGCACCCCAAAGUCA